GCAAGACGGGCUGUCAACUCGUGGCUCCGUGAAGCUGUCAAAAAGAGAGAAAGAAAGGGGGAGGGCGGAAGCCCUGGAGUAGCUAUCUCCAGAUGGCGAUUUAAAGUCAGACACAGGGCUUGCAGAUAGAGGAGAGACGGCUAGACUGCAUGCGAGGCACAAGCGCCAAGCCAUCGACCGACUACUUACAAAUAAAGCAAGCACUAAAUGAGAAGAGCGGAGACAAAGCGUGACCGAUCGGGUUCUUAUCGCCUAUUUAAAAUGGCUGUUUAAUACUAUUUACAUGCAGGAAUCCCGUUUACAGUACGAGAAUACCACGGUUACACUGGAGUGAACGGCGCAUGUAGCGCUGGACAAUUAAACAGUUUUGGUCAGCAAAAGGUUGGGUUCGAAGUUCCGUUUGCUGACCUGGCCGAAGCAACGAGCUGCAACAUUAAAAUUACGCUUUAAGAAAAAGAAGCGUAUUUUUGUGGAUGUACAGACACGGAUGGUUUUCACUAAAUGACUGGAUCGACAAUACCGGUCCUCAAACAGUGAGGAUUUUACAUCGGGACGCAGAGGAUCCGUGCCAACAGCAACUGCGUCUUUGUACCUUGGAAGUACAACUGGCAUCGUUUUUUGGCUCGUAGCCCUGUUUUCAUGUAUGAAGUCGGCAUCUGCAACUUUUCAGGGGUGAACUCCUCGAGUGUACCCGUUUUCUGUUUAUAACCACAAAAGCAAUUAUUAACUCUUCCGAAUCGCGUGGUUUCCUUCCGUUCAGGGCUUUUAGAUGUGUACGGAAAAUUAAGAAUUAAGGCCGCGCUCAAAUUACCAGGUAUUAAAUGAAAAUAAAUUGGCAGAAUGCUGACCAGGUAUUAAGUGAAAAUAAAUUGGCAGAGUGCUGAAACUCUUCAUCGGCUGUCAUUUUUAAAUAUAUAUAUAUAUAGCCUAUAUAAAAGGACUGAAAGCCAAAGGCACGUUGCAUGCAAAGGACAUACUCUUCGGGAAAUUAAUACCUCAACGUUUGUUUAACUGAGAAAAUAUCAGCGCUUCAAUUCCAAAGGAAUCUUUUUUUCCCCCGUUUUUUAAUAAUCUAGAUUGAUGGAGUUUUUCUACAAUAAGUUUCCCCUCUGAUCAACAGAAUAAUACUGAUGAAUCGUGUCUUGUAAAUAUGAACUUCGUCCAUUAAUCCAUUAUUUUUAGAAAUACAGAAGAUUGUCACGUUGCACUCCUUUUUCGCCAGUUUCAUGUGGAAUAUCUUUACAUCAAUUACCUCGGAUUGACCUCGACCUUCAGAGUGACAAAAAACAGAAGGUUGGAACGAUGCCAGAUUCACCUGCUGAUGUCAAAACCCAACCGAGAUCGACUCCGCCCACCAUGCCACCCCCUCCCCCCGCAGUGAACCAGGCCACCAAUCGCAGUGCCUCUUUCACGCCUAACACUAUGUUAAACGGGAGCGGCCACUCACCCACGGCGCUCAACGGGGCUCCAUCCACCCCCAACGGCUUCAGCAACGGGCCGGCCAUGUCAUCCACAGCCUCGCUGUCCACCCAGCAGCUGCCUCCCGCCUGCGGCGCCCGACAGCUCUGCAAGCUGAAGCGUUUCCUCACCACGCUGCAGCAGUUCGGCAGCGACAUCUCGCCGGAGAUCGGGGAGCGCGUCCGUAGCCUCGUACUGGGCCUAGUGAACUCAACCCUGACUAUCGAGGAGUUUCAUUCCAAACUCCAGGAGGCCACCAACUUUCCCCUCCGCCCCUUCGUCAUUCCUUUCCUGAAGGCUAACCUGCCUCUCCUGCAGAGGGAGCUAUUGCACUGUGCCCGCAUGGCCAAGCAGACGCCGGCCCAGUACCUGGCCCAGCACGAGCUCUUGCUGCUGGAUGCUAAUGCCAGCUCGCCCCUGGAUUCCUCCGAGAUCUUGCUGGAGAUCAACGAGCACGGCAAGAGACAGACCCCCGACAGGACCAAAGAGAACAGCGCGGAGCGGGACGGCCUGCAUGCGGAGCACCUGGCUAAGCGGCCCUGCACCGUCAGCCCCAGCCAGCGCUACAGCCCCAGUGGCAGCUUGGCCGGCCACCCACCCCCCAACGGCCUAAAUGCCCAUCCCCCCAACUCCCUGGCCCACUCGGCCGGGCCCACCCCCCAGCACUACCGCCUGGAGGACAUGGCCAUGGCCCACCACUACCGCGACGCCUACCGGCAGGCCGAGCAUCGUGAGGCUCGGGACCGGCACCGGCAGACAGCGACCCAUGGCGUGCGCCAAGAGGUCAUCGACCACCGGCUGACGGAUCGCGAGUGGGCGGAGGAGUGGAAGCACCUUGACAACCUGCUGAACUGCAUCAUGGACAUGGUGGAGAAGACGCGGCGCUCGCUGACCGUCCUGCGGCGCUGCCAGGAGGCCGACCGCGAGGAGAUGAACCACUGGAUCCGUCGCUACAGCGACGUGGAGGAGAUGAAAAAAGGUGGGGGCUCCUCCCAGCGCCGCCUCCCCCUGCCUCACAACUCCACCUCGGGUACCGCUAACAGCAGCCAGACGCAGCUUCUAGAUCUUCCCCGAGAUUUCCUACACAGGGCGUCCACAGGAUACCUGCCCGAGGAGAUCUGGAGGAAAGCCGGUACCACAAGCAUCCCGCACUCACCAGCACUAAAGCAACUGCAAAACAAACAGGAGGAGGCUGUGAACGAGGUGAAAAGGCAGGCGAUGUCGGAGCUCCAGAAGGCUGUAUCGGAUGCAGAACGCAAGGCCCAUGAGAUGAUCUCCGCCGAGAGGUCCAAAAUGGAGCGGGCGCUGGCUGAGGCCAAGAGGCAGGCUUCAGAGGACGCACUUUCCGUAAUCAACCAGCAGGAGGACUCCAGUGAGAGCUGCUGGAACUGUGGACGCAAGGCCAGUGAGACAUGUAGCGGCUGUAACACUGCACGAUACUGUGGCUCCUUCUGCCAGCACAAGGACUGGGAGAAGCACCAUCACGUAUGUGGCCAAGGCCUGCAGAGCAUGCCGCUGGGGACCCCGUCCUCCUCCUCGUCCUCCUCCUCAUCCUCAUCCACCGCACCCCCCACACCAUCAGAGAGCAGCCCGCCAGCACCCCUGACCCUGCCUGGAGGUGGGACCAGCAGCGUCUCCAGCAGCCCCAAGGAAGCCAACUCCAGCAGUGCCUCACGGUCCGCCACUCCUGCCACGCCAGCGGUGUUGGACAGCGCGUCCCGCUGACUCCUGCCAGCCCAGCCACCUCCCACAGACUCUCCAUCAUACCCCAUUUGUAGUUAGCUCUGCCAUGGAUACUGCAACCGCUUCUUAGUACCCAGAAGAUCACGUUCUGUCAGCCCGAAUCAGGUUAUACUGUAUGAUUCCACCUCUCCUGUUUUAGCCAUCCAAACACCCAUGCACGUUCAGAUGUCACAAGUGAAGGUUUAUGGUAUGGCCAAGCUAUAUUUUACCAAGAAAAAUAUUUUGAAAAUCAAUGGCUGCCUUUUUUUUCCCAGACAUUGAAAUAAAAAUGGACAUUGUAAAACACUGUAAACAGUACAGAUACGGCUAUUGAGUCCAUCUCUGUAAGCUUUCUAAUAUUUCUGAUUUGCCUAACUUGCUUUGGUAAAACAACACGGCGGUGCCUAAGUCCGGAGUGGAUUAUGUAAUGAUGCCGGAGUCUAAUUCAGUUCAUUUAGGUCUGGGAACUGAACCAUAAGGAUGUAGGCACACCACCAUGGCACAAAAGAAAGAUAAAAAUCACUUCAGGAAUCAUCUCCAAGAGUAAGUCCCUCAAGGUAUCCCAUGCUGCUGGGGUCCCCUGUUUGCUGGGCUCUCAUCUACAUCUCCCUGUUCCUCAAAGAGGGGCAACAGGGUCACAUGACUUGACCAUUUCGUUCAUUGAGUCCUGUUCUUCAAGAAGAAAUCUGCAUUCUUUGUGAAGGAUUAUUUUGAUGGAUUUUAUUUGCUUUAAGAAUAAUACUAGUCCAAAAAUUUUCAAAGAGAGAGAGAAACAAAAAAGGAAACCGUGUUAACUACCUUGCUAGCGAGCCAAUAAAAUCGACACCGGACUCACCUCUCUGUGCUUAUGUGAACCCAAAUGAACUAGAAAAAAAAAAAAACAAAACAAACACAAUCCAAACCUUUUUUUAUCACACUGCCAAAGUUAUGAGGAGACUGGGGAAGCAUUCGUCUUGUAACCAAAAUGAGAGAUACUUUAGCUUGUCCGUCAGCCCUGGAAACAGAGCGAGCCAAGCGGCAGUGACCCGGGACAUCGACAGAGACUGUAGCUCGCUGAAUGCAUCUCAAGAUGUUUGGCUCAAUGUGAGUCCGGCGUGACAUCCGGAUUACUCUAACAAGAAGAGAGAAUGUCCACGUGACACUUAAUGAUGCCACCACCUUUGACCAUAACCAAAACAGCAAAUAACAGUAAUGGGAGACUGCACAAGAAUAUUGUUUUUUUUUUGUAAAUGAGAAUGGAGUUAAAAAUGAGAUCUGAUCUCCAGUCAGUAAUGGGUGUCAGAUCUGGGAUAAACCUCAAAGAGUUACAAACUGAGGCAAACACUGACAUCAGUCUCCUGUCCGGAUUCAUUUCUGUAGCGGAAACAGACAGGCAGACAUUCAUGUGGGUUUAACCUUUCCCGUUUCCCUGUUUCUUUUCCAAAGCACGAAAAGACUAAAGAGGUGGUGUACGCUGACCUCUCUCUCUACCUCCCCCCGUCCCUCAACUGCUCCUCCUUCAUGCACCUCCUGCACCACCUCCCAGUCACCUCCCCUCCACCCUCUUUGACAGGACACUGGAGCAGAUACUUGGGAAGACACAAAACACGUUUGUACAAUACUAGUUUGUAGUUUUGGACCAUAUGGUAUCACUGGCUUUUUUUUCUCUGCGACAGAAGGUGUGUCCUGACCAAUCUCUUUCAUUUGAUUGGGGCCAAACUUGAGCAAAGGAAUAAAUACUCAGUAAAACGGUUGUAUCUAA